AUGCGAAUCUGUGGAUCUAUCGUGUUCAUCGUCUGUGUUGUCGCUUGGGCGUUUGCUGCUCCUGUCAGCGAUGCUGAAGCAGCGUACAGGAUAUUGAACCAAUAUCUUCAACGGUUCGAUCCGGAAGACUUGCAGGAUAUGUACUUCAUUAGCGAUCAUGGGUCCGACAAGCGUGGAUUGGGACCGCGACCGCUUCGAUUCGGCUAA